GAUGGGGUAUCCGGAGGGUGAGAAUGGAGAUAAGGGUGUAGUUGCUACAAAACCAACCUGUCCCCGUGGCCCUCAGCUCCUACACCGUUGGGCUGGGCCUGUACAGUCUUGAGGAUGACCAAGAACCAGGUGCCUGCAUGAUGGAGGCCAACCUCUCCAUACAGCACCCAGAGUACAACAAACCCUUUUACGCCAAUGACCUCAUGCUCAUCAAGUUGAAAGAAUCGGUGUCGCAGUCUGCCACCAUCCGGAACAUCAGCAUCGCCUCCCAGUGCCCCACCGCUGGAUCUUGCCUUGUCUCCGGCUGGGGGCAGCUGAAGAAUGGCAGGCAGCCCAACGUGCUCCAGUGCGUGAAUAUCUCAGUGGUGUCUGAGGAGAGCUGCAGUGCCCUCUAUGACUUCAUAUAUCACCCCAGCAUGUUCUGCGCUGGCGGAGGACACGACCAGAAGGACUCCUGCAAAGGUGACUCUGGGGGCCCCGUGGUCUGCAAGGGGCACCUGCAGGGCCUCGUGUCUUUUGGACAAGCCCAGUGUGGCCAACCCUACGUUCCAGGUGUCUACACCAACCUCUGCAAGUUCACUGACUGGAUACAGAAAACCAUCCAGGCCAGUUAACUCCUGGCACUGGGACCCGUGAAAUGGAACCCCCAAAUAAAUGCUGCUGAAGGAAUUCAGGAAUCCGGGUUCCUAGUCCCUUCCUCCCUCAGACCCAGGAGUCUAGACCCCCCCAGUCCCCUCCUUGCUCAGCCCCAGGAGUCCAAUCCCACCAAGAAUCUUCUCCUGUACACAGUGCCCCCUGGUGGCACAAUGUUGACCCAGCCUUACCAGUGGUGGAGAAAGUUGGUUUUUCAUCUUUUUUCUUCCUUCCCCUAAGCCCAGAAAUAAAGUCUAAGAGAAGCAUGGGCUCUGUUCAAAUUGUCCUCUUUGCUUCUGUUCCCAUUCAAAGGAUUCCAGAAAAUAGCUUUUCCUCCUUGGGCCUCCGUUUCCCCAUCUGGGAAAUGGGAGUCUUGAUCAGGAGGGCCACAGGGUCCCAAAGGAAGGAGACAUACCUGGGAGGAGAAGAGAAGCAGACUCUGGAUGUUGUCCAAUUUCUGAAAAGUCAAGUCAGCAAACGGCAAUCAAAUGGGAUUUUUCCUGCUUACUUUAGUUAGCUUUAGUUGACCUAUUUUGAUUUUGUCUUCUUCAAUGCAUUUUAAGAAU